AUGGCCAUGGACCAGAUGGAUAUAGAUGACGCGCCUUCUACAACUGUCAGUGACUCUGUCCGUGGGACAGUGACGGGGCUUGUAUAUGAUCCACGUAUGCGACUUCACGGAAACAUAUACGAGGAUGAACAUCACCCCGAAGAUCCAAAACGAAUCUCUGCCAUCUACAAAGCACUACUGGGGUCUUCCUGUGUAAAGAGAAUGGUCAGAAUACCUGCGAGAGAGGCGACAAGAGAAGAAGUUCUUCUUGUUCAUGCCAAGGAACAUUGGGAUAAGAUUAUUAGCACUGUAGAUAAGUCUGAUGAGCAAUUACAGAGGAUGGCCAACGGUUAUAACUCGAUAUAUCUUAACAACGAAUCUGCUCUCUCGGCGCGUCUAGCAUGUGGCGGUGUGAUAGAGAUGUGUCUAUCGGUCGUAAACGGAAAAGUCAACAAUGGGUUCGCGAAUGUGCGACCUCCCGGACAUCACGCCGAGCCGGGGCAAGCCAUGGGUUUUUGUCUGUUUAACAAUGUUGCUGUAGCCGCCAGAUGUUUACGACGUUAUCAUAAUGUUGAAAGAGUGUUUAUUUUGGACUGGGAUAUACAUCAUGGGAAUGGUACACAGAAGGUAUUUUAUGACGACCCAAACGUAGUGUAUUGCUCAAUACACCGUUACGAGAAUGCGCGUUUUUAUCCUGGUGAUGAAGAGGCCAAUUACACACACGUAGGAGGGAAUGGAGCACGGGGAAAGCAUGUAUCAAUUUUUUCCAACGAUAGAUAUAUAAUGACUAGUCUUAACCCGCCUGUUACUUGA